UUCAUCCACAUUGCCAAAACCCUAAACCACAGAGCUAAACAGCUUCUCUCAGGUAAAGCCAUCGCGUUGGUUUUUAGCACUGUCCUCAGCUAUGGCUCCAGCUAAAGUUGAUUUGACCAAAAAGAAAGACCCCAAAGCCCAGGCUGUCAAGGCUGCCAAGGCUGUUAAGUCAGGAUCAACCUUUAAGAAGAAGUCAACAAAGAUAAGGACAAAAGUUACUUUCCAUCGACCUAAGACAUUGAAGAAGGAUAGGAAUCCUAAGUACCCCCGCAUUAGUGCACCCGGAAGGAACAAACUCGAUCAAUACGGAAUCCUAAAAUAUCCUCUUACCACUGAGUCUGCAAUGAAGAAGAUUGAGGACAACAAUACCCUUGUCUUCAUCGUUGAUAUCAAAGCUGACAAAAAGAAGAUAAAGGAUGCAGUGAAGAAAAUGUAUGACAUCCAGACAAAGAAAGUCAAUACCUUGAUCAGGCCCGAUGGAACAAAGAAGGCUUAUGUGAGGUUGACGCCUGACUAUGAUGCUUUGGAUGUGGCUAACAAAAUUGGAAUCAUCUAAGUUGAUUACCUAGUUUUGAAUUUUUAUGUCAACCCUGAAAUUUUGGAUAUGAGUUCUUUAGAAACUUUGAACAGGAAGUGCCUUGGGUGAUUUAUUUUGAAUAUUUGAGUUUCAGAGAUGUGUUUUGUUCCAUAAGUCAGGCAAGCUUGUGUUUCUGUUAAGUUUAUUUUAAGCUUAGUUUUUGAAGCUUUUAAACUCCUAAGAGUGGAGAUCAAGUUCACAAUCAA